GAAGCUAUACUACGAUAAUAACGAUCUGAUGAAUACUUUUGUAUUCUGAUAUUCAACAGUUUUGAUCUAUCCAUCUCUCUCUCUCGACGAUGGCUCGCUUAGUCUUUUCUCUAAAUCUUCCAUCUAGUCAUGGAUUCAAUCUCAGUCCUCGACAUCAUCAACCUUUAUUCUUCACCCAAACGGGAGCUCCACGAUUUCGUGCUGUUCGUUGCCAACCAAACCCAGAAUCUUCCGAACCGCAGGAGAAAUUGGUCGUAGAUAAUGGUGAAAACUCAGCUGCGCCGAAGGAAGUAGAAUCAUCUUCUUCUUCUUCGGGGUUCCCUGAAACUCCCAAUAAGGAUAUCAAUCGAAGAGUCGCGGCUGUUACUGUAAUCGCGGCCUUGUCCUUAUUUGUAUCGACAAGGCUCGAUUUUGGGAUUUCUUUGAAGGAUUUAACCGCUUCAGCGUUGCCUUACGAGGAGGCUUUGUCAAAUGGGAAGCCGACAGUGGUAGAGUUCUAUGCAGAUUGGUGUGAGGUUUGUCGAGAACUAGCCCCUGAUGUUUACAAAAUCGAGCAGCAAUACAAGGACAAAGUUAACUUUGUAAUGCUUAAUGUCGACAAUACGAAAUGGGAGCAAGAGUUGGAUGAGUUUGGUGUUGAGGGUAUUCCUCAUUUCGCCUUUCUAGAUAGAGAAGGGAACGAGGAAGGUAAUGUGGUCGGGAGGCUCCCGAGACAGUAUUUAGUUGAGAAUGUGAAUGCGCUUGCAUCGGGGAAGCAAUCAAUUCCUCAUGCCAGAGCCGUGGGGCAGUACUCAAGUGCGGAAGCUCGUAAGGUGCAUCAGGUUACUGAUCCCUUAAGCCAUGGAUAGAGAGUGUGGCCAUAUCUUGGAUGUAGCAGAUGAUAGUAGUUGUUUCUAACUCUAUAGUGCACAAAAGAAGUAGACAGGAAGGAAAAAUUGGAAAAGUAGCAAUGUUUCAAAUUGAUCAAAAGAAGUAAAUGUUGAUACUUUUGGGGUUGAUAUCUGUUUAUUCUGGUUUGACAUUGCUUGUC